ACAAAACAUUUGUAAGGAAUCCCCGACACAAAAUCAAACAUCCAGGUCCUACCCUAGAAGCAAGCUACACUGCAGCACAAAAUUCGACUAAUUAAAGACUAAGAAUCUUAUUUCAGAAAGAUGAUUCGUUACGAUCUAGUGCAAAUAAAGAAUGACUCAUGGCAGCCGGACCUGCACACGGAGGGCACUUAUGUGUGCAAAUUCCCGGAACCUCCGGCACCGGAGCCCCACCUGAAUCCGGGAAAUUGGCAUGGCCAUCUGCAGCCGUACCAGCGUCUUUUUUACCACCAGACCAUGAACUCAGUCCGCUCGAGCAAGCGUUUCCGUGCCAGUCCCCAUAUCCCGAAGGAUGUCUUGGACCUCAGGCUGCAGUCGCGCUACGAUCACACACGGGAAGCCUUUCCGGAGAAGGUGGACUACGUGAUGCAACAUGAGACUUGUAAGUCAUGCAUAUCCAGUUGGUCGGCUCCGGGAGCAGCUAAGGAGAUUGGCGCUCAGCAUCAGUCCUUUAGGGUUCUCCGUAAUACAAAAAUAAUUCGUCGAAAGCAGGAGGAUUCCCUAGGCCAUCCAUUGCGAAUUGGUGGCUGCAAGGAGAAGAUCCAUCCUCAUAGCGUCAAGCUGAUCUGCAGUGGCGUCCACAACCAACUGGUCAACAAUGGAUUCUCGCGCCAGACCUCCGACGGCAACUUCUUCCGGUACUAGUUCCACGAAAGCCUUUGCACUCUGCCUUCAAAAAGUUAUAAAAAAACUUUCGCAUUCUACUUAAACAUUAUUGAAAAUAAAUUUGUAACACCGGAGCAAUCGUCGCACAUAGGAAAAUUCAGUUUGGACCAGAGGAUUUCCAUCCAUUAUCAGUAUAAAUUAUGUACUUUGGGUUCUUAUUUUGCUCCGAUGUUGCGACGUUGUUUCAUUUUGGUUCAAAAAACA